AUGGGUAAAUUAUCUAAGAAUAAGAAGAAGAAGUUGAAGAGGAAAGCCAAACGGCAGCAGCGUCUGUUGGACGAGAGGCUGUUGGAUCUGCAGAGGAUGGAGGAGUUGGAUGGAGUUUUGCCGCUGGAUGCUUCCGCAAACACACGAGCGCUCAGGAGGCUCAGCGAGGAUGGAGAGGGUGACGACAAACACGCACAAAUGAACGGUAACGGACACUUUAUAGGAGCUCUGAAUAAACACAGUCCAGAAUCAGGCUUGUCGUGGUUGGAGGAGGGCUGUAACGGCUUCGGACCCCUGCGCUUCUCCAGCCCUGGAUCGGGUCUGUCCGGCAUGUCUGGCUCCAUCCUGUCAGCUACCUCGGAGUCGGCUCUGUCCGGAUACUCCACAGAGCGCUCACUGCUCUCUCCCAACACAUACUCUGCUGCUGAUUUCUUAGUGAAUCCUCUAGAACCUCAGAACGCAGAUAAAAUACGCAUCAAGAUUGCAGAUCUAGGCAAUGCAUGCUGGGUGCACAAGCACUUUACCGAGGACAUCCAGACGCGUCAGUACCGAGCUCUGGAGGUGCUGAUCGGAGCCGAGUACGGACCCCCCGCUGACAUAUGGAGCACUGCGUGUAUGGCGUUUGAGUUGGCGACCGGAGACUAUCUGUUUGAGCCUCACUCAGGAGAGGACUACACUCGAGAUGAAGAUCACAUAGCUCACAUCAUUGAGCUGCUGGGUCCUAUUCCUCCACACUUCGCCCUGUCAGGCAGAUACUCCAGAGAAUACUUCAACAGAAGAGGUGAACUGAGGCACAUCUCCAACCUGAAGCCGUGGGGGCUGUUCGAGGUGUUACUAGAGAAGUACGAGUGGCCGCUGGAUCAAGCAGCACAGUUCAGUGACUUCCUGCUCACCAUGUUUGAGUUCAUCCCGGAGAACCGCGCUACAGCCGCCGAGUGUCUGCAGCACCCCUGGAUCAACUCCUAACACGCUGUUUUCCUUGUGUUCACUGUGUCAUUUAGGUUCGUCUGAUCACUUGGUGCACACAUCCACCUUUCAGAGCAUAAACUCACUGCUAAGGUAAACCUACAGGAGAUACAGUAUCUGAGCACACACCUAGCUAGAACCUCAAACCUGUGUUGUUUUUUUAUAUAUUUAUUUAAAGAAGCUUUGAUCUCUGAACAUGAUGGAGAGAAUAGUCUGAGUUUUCAUUGUACGAUCAUUUGUGUUGAAGGGUCACAUAUUUAUGUUAAAAUAGUGCCUUGACAUGCCAUCUGCAAAAAAAAAAAAAAAAAAAA